AUGGUGGUGGAGCUGAGGAACAUGGGGGCCAGACUGAGCGCCAGUGAGAGCCAGGUGGAGGAGCUGCAGAAAGAGGUGGUGAACCAGAGAGUGGAGUUGAGUGUCACUAAGAAUGAACUACAGUUCUACAAGAACAAGGUGGAGGAACUGGAGAGAGGGAACGCAGCGUUGCAGGCCAGAUUGAGAGCCAGGUGGAGAAGCAGAAGACUGAGUACAUCUCAUGCAGCAGAACUGUCAGCCAUGGGGACCAUAGUGACAGCCAGUGAGGGAGAGGUGGAGGAGAUGAAGAGCGAGAAUGCAGGGAGGACAAACAGACUUCAGAAUGACAGACCAAAGGUGGCGUUCUUUGCUGGUUUGUCUGAAACAGGAGGGUUUCAGGGACCCUUCAACACUGAAACCUCACUGGUCUACACCAACGUCAUCACCAACAUUGGCCAGGCCUACAGCCCAGUUACAGGUGUCUUUGCUGCUCCAGUGAGAGGAGUCUACUACAUCAGAUUCUCUGGCAUGGAUGCCACCACAUCACAGUACAUGGACUUCCAUUUGUUCAAGAAUGACCAGGGUAUAAUGUGGAAUGGACAGUACAGUAGUCAACAAAGGCGACAGUAUCUAUCCAAUUCUUUGACUCUAGAACUGGAGGAGGGGGACUUGGUCUACAUGUGCCUCCCAUCAGGCUACAGGAUCUAUGAUGAUUCAGAUAAACAUAGCUCCUUCAGUGGCUUCCUACUCUUCCCUAUGUGAGAUGAACACCACAAAAGCUAUAAUAAAAAGUCUGAACUGUUUUUAUAAUAACAUUCCAUGAAACAUGAAGG